CCGUAUUGGAAAUUCCCACAUCAAACUUGAGUCAUUAUACGCCUUAAUCUUAUCAAUGUAACCGAUUUUGAUGAAUUACGGCAAAUAAGUUAGACUGGGAACAAAUCGUAUCGUAUAUUACACAUAUUAACCACCAUGUUCAGAAGCAUUUUAUAUAAUUAAGGGGACAUCUCUACAUCUAAUUACUAGCUGGACAUAACAAUCCAAUUAUUUACCAAAAUAAUGCAUUGGAGAGACCCUCUAUUGGCUGCAGUACAGUAUAAAUCGGUAAAAAUGGUUCUAAAACUUCUACAAUUUAAUUCCGUAUCUGUUGAAGGACCAUGUAGUGAUUUUAUCUCUCCUUUGCAAAUUGCUAUAAUCAAUGACGACAUGCACUGCGUUAGAACAUUGAUUCAAUACAAGGCAAAUGUAAAUUUACCAGAUUCUGACGGAGACACGGCUUUACAUCUUGCUGCAUGCAGUGAAACAUCCUUCGCAGUAUUCAAAGAGGUACUUAAGGCCGGGGCAAACCUGUACUGCAGAGACAUUAAUGAAAAAACACCUUUGCAUUAUGCUUGUUUGGAAGCCAAUAUUGACAAAGUUGUAGCAAUGUUGAAACAUUUAAAUCCACCAGUAAAUGAACCUGACGAAGAAGGGGCCACACCACUACACUUUCUAGUUGACGCUUCAUCCGAGUUUGAAGGCGACGCAGUCCACCACGUAGUUAAAACUAUAAAACUUGCUGUAAAGAAAGGCUUUGAUAUAAAUACAAAAACAAAAGAAGGAGAAACUAUUUUGCACGUUGCAAGUCGAGGGAUCAACAGUGAACUUUUCUUACCAGAGCUGCUUAAAAUCAAAGGAAUAAAUGUUACAUUACAAAACAAAUAUAGAGAGCAUUUUAUACAUUGUUUUGUACGUUAUCGAGCAGGUAUUGAUACAUCCGAACGUUUUUUGUUCUAUUUAUUGGAUGAAAAAUUACAUGCUAUCCCCAAAGAGCAAUUGACCAUAAUAAUGAAUCAACAAAACAACGAUGGUCAUUUACCUGUGUCUUUCUAUAUCAUUCGAGGAAUUGUUAACGUUAAACUUGUCAAACAUUUCAUUUCGUUUCUUGAGAACAUCAAUAUACAAGAGAAAUUUGGACAUACACUUCUCCAUUUAACCUCACAGUCAGUUUUACAGCAGAAUGAAAAGAUUCCAAUUCUCUAAUAUUUGAUCAAACGUGGAGCUGAUGUAAACAUUCGAGAUAUUUUUGGAAGAACAGCUCUUUUCUAUGUGCGGAAACUUCAAGUAGUGAAGCUUUUGGUUGAAAGUGGCGCAGACUUAAAUUUGACUGACCAGUGCAGACGUACCUUGAUCGGAGCUACUUUUCCUGCCUGUGAUCCACGGAUAUGUCAGUAUCUUAUAAAUAAAUGCUGUCGGGUUAACAAAAACGAUAAAUUUGAAAGCACGGCUCUGCACUAUGCUGCAUGGGAAAACAGAAUUCGAGAAGUGGACGUUUUAUUAAGAAAUGGAGCCGAUGUUUAUAAGCGCGAUCGGUCUGGCCGAACACCACACGACAUUGACCUUUUCUGGAGAUGUUGGGAUACAACAGAAUUACUGGAAAAAUCCAUGGCUAAAGGAUCAUUUGAACGACCACAUUCAACUAAUGCACUUGGUUAUAAAACUCCCUGGAUAAAUCUCAACUGGUCUAUUGGUUAUACCGAAUACCAAAGUAUUACAAAUCUGAGAGAACAUUUUGAUCUCCGGAAAGAUCUAGAGGAGUACUACAGUUAUGUACUAGGAAUUCCAGGAGUUGGUUUACCACAAUCAGUUGAUGAAGCUAAAUGAAUAGAAUCACUAAUUCUUUCAUUUACUCGCCAAAUUGCAAACCAGGUUGGUUAUCUUGACAAAAGAUUCAAAUGUUCACUUUUCCGUUCAGGCAGCACAUACGAAGGAACAAAGAUUGACGAUCCCGAUGAAUUUGAUUUUCUUCUCAUUCUCGAUAAAUUCUCCCAGAUUUGUACACCGGAUCAGUCUCACCAAUCAAAUGAUUCACAUUCAAACAAAGGAUUUCACAAUGUCAGGCAUAAAAACGAUGUUAUAAAUGAAGAUGUUCAAUAUUACUUUGAUCAUAACAAGUUUCUUAAUUGUAAAAUAUUGCGAGAUGAUUUUUUUGGUUUAGUAAAACGCGUUUUAACAAAUCCAUUAACCUGGAUUUAUGAUGAAGUUUUCGUGGAUGGUUUUUCAAUACAUAAUAAGUUAAACACUCCUACCAUCAAUUUUAAACUUUUCAUCAUCGGUGAAAAUUACAAAGGAAUACAUGCCAGUAUAGAUAUUGUUCCCGCAAUCCGAGUUCAGAACUGGCGUCCGAUAGGGGCGAAUUUAACCGUAAAUAACAUUGUUUCUGAAAGAGUUUUACAAGAAGAUUUCUUGAUGUUAUGUCAGUACCCAGGGGCCGACGACGAGGAGUUUGAAGAGGUCGAUACUGAUACUUUCUUCAGAAUAUCUUGUGCUCCGUUGGAACUUCAGCUUAUGCGUUCUUUUCCUAGGUGGAUACGCCAAAGUUAUGCCUUAGCAAAAAUUAUGAGUGUCCGAAAAUAAAAUAUGUAAGAAAGCAGACGAGUAAAAUGUUUGAUAUGUUUGAUGGAAAUAUUCCGAGUCGGUAUGACACAUUCAUCGCCAGUGAGGAAAUAUCUAGUUACAUGUUGAAAAACUGUUUAUUCCACACGGUAGAUUCCGAAUCAAGAAUCCUCCGCGAGCUUCCACAUCCACAUAGGUCAGUUUUCUACAACUCAAUUGUACUAGCAUUGAAAUUGUAUGACCUGCUUGGAGAAUCAGCUCUAGCGAGUAAUCUUUCGGUAUUUUUUUUGCCGCGUUUGAAUAUAUUUGAAAAUGACUUGGAACAAAGUAACAACAAACAUGUUCCUAGUGAAGAAUGUGAUGUCAUUUCAUUCGACAAAGAUGUCACUACAUGCGAAAAAAUCAAAAUGUUUGCCGAUUUCAUCAGAAAACUAAAUGCAGUCUGACAUGUUUCUUUGUGAAUCCUUAAACUGCAAUUGUUAAAUGUUCGUUUAUUUUACCA